CUGGCCGGCGCGAAGAUGGCCGCUCCGCCGCUGGUCGCCAAGGCCGGCUCGGGCGCCGCGCCUGGCCCGGGCCGGGCUCCCUCCUCGGCGUCGCUGUCCGCCGCGGCCGCCGCCGCCUUCCCGGAGCUGGACUUCCGCUCGGGCGCCCGCGUCGAGGAGCUCAACCGGCUCAUCCAGGAGUUCACGCGCCACGACCAGCGCGAGUACGACGACCAGCGCGCCCUCGAGAUCCACACCGCCAAGGACUUCAUCUUCUCCAUGCUGGGCAUGGUGCAGAAACUUGACCAAAAGCUCCCGGUUGCCAAUGAGUACUUGCUUCUCUCUGGGGGAGUCCGGGAAGGCGUGGUGGACCUGGACCUGGACGACCUGAACAUCUACGCCCGCGGCACCGACUACGACAUGGACUUCACCCUCCUGGUGCCGGCGCUGAAGCUCCACGACCGCAACCAGCCCGUCACCCUGGACAUGCGCCACUCGGCCCUCUGCCACUCGUGGCUGAGCCUGCGGCUCUUUGACGAGGGCACCAUCAGCAAGUGGAAGGACUGCUGCACCAUCGUGGACCACAUCAACGGGGCCACCAACUACUUCUUCUCCCCCACCAAGGUGGCCGACUGGUUCCACGACUCCAUCAGCGUGGUCCUGUCCGAGAUCCAGAAGAAGCCCCAGAGGGGGAUGCCCAGGGUGGAGAAGGUGGAGAAGAACGGGACCAUCAUCUCCAUCAUCCUGGGGGUGGGCAGCAGCCGCAUGCUCUACGACAUUGUCCCCGUCGUGUCCUUCAAAGGUUGGCCGGCCGUGGCCCAGAGCUGGCUGAUGGAGAACCACUUCUGGGAUGGGAAGAUCACCGAAGAGGAGGUCAUCAGCGGGUUUUACCUGGUGCCCGCCUGCUCCUACAAAGGCCGGAAGGACAACGAGUGGAGGCUGUCUUUCGCCCGCAGCGAGGUCCAGCUGAAAAAGUGCAUCUCCGGCAGCCUCAUGCAGGCCUACCAGGCGUGCAAAGCCAUCAUCAUCAAGCUGCUCUCACGCCCCAAGGCCAUCAGCCCCUACCACCUGCGCAGCAUGAUGCUCUGGGCUUGCGACCGGCUGCCCGCCAGCUACCUGGCGCAGGAGGACUAUGCUGCCCACUUCCUCCUGGGCCUCAUUGACGACCUGCAGCACUGCCUGGUGAACAAGAUGUGCCCCAACUACUUCAUCCCCCAGUGCAACAUGCUGGAGCACCUCUCCGAGGAGACGGCCAUGCUCCACGCCCGCAAGCUCUCCUCCGUGCGCUCGGACCCGGCCGAGCACCUCCGGACUGCCAUUGAGCACGUCAAAGCGGCCAACCGGCUGACGCUGGAGCUCCAGCGGAGGGGCAGCACCACCAGCAUCCCCUCCCCGCAGUCGGAUGGCGGAGACCCCAGCCAGCCCGACGACCGGCUGGCCAAAAAGCUCCAGCAGCUGGUCACCGAGAACCCGGGCAAGUCCAUCUCCGUCUUCAUCAACCCGGACGAUGUCACGCGGCCGCACUUCCGGAUCGAUGACAAGUUCUUCUGAGGGACGGCUUCUCUCCCCACCCCACCCCAGUUUCAGACUUGAGCCUCGGCUCACCGCCACCCCAAGCCCCUCACCCUCCCUCUCCCCUUUUUGGAAUCUUUUUUAAAAAAACACAUAUCCAGCUUAGAUUGGAUUCGCGGAGGACAAAUGACAGACUUUUUCCUGGUUCUGCAGGAUGGGGCAGUUUCUCACUGUUUCGUUUGCUGCUGCUUCCCCCCUUUCCGGACUGUGUGUCGCUUUUGAGGAAUACCUGAAGCCACACUUCCUGGGUUUCCCCCUUUUCCUCCUUUUUUUGCAACCUUCCUUUCCGUGUUGACCUUCUGUUGCUUUUUCUUCCCGGAGCUCCCUCCCUUGACUCCGAGGUCAUGAGUGCGAGGAGUUCCAGAAGGGGAUUUUUUGGGGGGCGGGGGUGUUGUGGCUUCCUUUCCAUUGCUGGGGGGGGUGUCCCAUUUUCAUUUGCUUCAUUUCCUCUUUUGCUCACCCCAAAGGACCUAGGCGGCUUUGCAAACAGUGAUGAAACGUCCCAAAACGAUGGGGUGUUGCUUCCCACACACAGCCCCUCCCAAGUCACUUCUUCUUGAAUGUAAUAGCUCAGAUUUGGACUUCUCAUGGCAUAAGGAGAGGGGCCUCGGCCCACUUCCACGCAGGGGAAAGGAAAACGGUUCUGGAAUGUUAGUUUUUAGUGCGUGUAAUUAUUCAAAGCCUUAUUUAAAUGCUAUUAAAGAACGUACCAUUAUAAAUGUUAA